CAGGGCUAUCUAAUUUAAGGGAGGCGGAACCACUCUCUCUGCAACAUAGGAGCUACAUAAAAACUGAGGAACGAAUUUCAAUUUCUAAAUUGAUUUUUGAUUUUCAAAUUCAUGCAGCAUGCGCCGAUACUCAACAGGCUUAUUCUCCAGGAAAACAACCCAAGAUGACCCUGAUUCCGGCUUACUCAGACGCCUCUGACAGCUUUGAUCACUCUGACGACUCAUUUUUCUCAGGUGAUCGUCGUCCUCCUAUUUCAAAUGAGGAAGAUAUUAGGAAUUCCAAAUUUAACAGUGCGAUCUGCCGCAAAGCUGAGUUCAUUACCUCGGAGAAUUGUCUGCCUACAGACAACUUGAACACACAACUAAAAAUUUACAAGAAGUCUCAGAAGAAUAAAAGGCGCCAUAGCACGAAGACUCGAUCUCAGUCCAAAAAAUUCCCUUGGGUCUAGUUUAUUUUUAUUUUUAUCUUUUCUGUACUUUUGUUUUUCUUCUUCUUCUUCUUCUCGCAUUGUACUAUUUUUUUCUUUUUAAUAAAAUUCAUUUAAAAAUAUAUAUAUAUUUACACACAAAUACAAGAGGCAUAUGAUAUGUCAAUUAUUAAAUCAAGCGACCACCCGAUUCAGGUUCAUCUGCAGUGGAUACUGCUGCUCCUAGACCUAUUUCAGUUCGUACUCGAGCAGUUAGACCUUCCAAUUCUUCAACUCAAACAACUGGAUUUGGAGUAUUUAUCGAUCUCAACACUGGAAUGCAAACACUCAAUCCAGGUAUGUCAAGUGAAAUUGUCAUAUCACUAGGGUCAGCCCUAUUGGAGCCAACAAUAUGUGAUGAUCCUGAUGCGGAAACAAGGUUUCCAAUCCCUAAUGAAAAGGCUUUGAGGAAGAAAAAAUCCAAACAACCAACUGGGGCGCCUUUCCAAUCACCAUUUCAGGCUCCAAGAAUGCAAUUUAGGGGAAGACCUUCACUAAUUGGAAAGCAUUUACAACAACACAGAGACAAGAAAGUUGCACAGUUGAUGAAUAGUCCUAAGAUCUAGAUUGAAUAGUUUAGAGUUGAAGUACUAUGUAAUCUUAUUUUGCAUAUGGGAUCAAAACUCCUUUUGGCCAUUGCUUUUGCUAUGUUUUUUUGUUAGGGUCCCGUUGUUAUGCCAUCAACUUAGUAUAUUGAAGUUAUUAUAUUCAUUUUCUGCUACUU